GGAUUGUAAUGGUUCAUGGGACUGCUCAGGACGCAUCCUUAACGGAAGUAAAUUCAUUCAGUCCUUUGAUGCCAACAUCUCCAGCCUCCAUGAUAAACCAGUAUAAAUUUGAAGAUGAACCAGAAUCAAAGGAUCUUUUCAUCACCGUUGAUGAUCCAGAAAGCCACGUCACUGCCAUUGAAACGUUCAUCACCUACAGAGUUGUUACGAAGACAACACGUGGUGAAUUUGACUCCUGUGAAUAUGAAGUUAGACGACGGUAUCAAGAUUUCCUGUGGUUAAAGGGAAGACUUGAAGAAGCGCACCCAACGCUCAUCAUUCCUCCAUUGCCUGAAAAAUUCAUAAUGAAAGGAGUUGUGGAACGAUUUAACAACGAAUUCAUUGAGACAAGAAGGAAAGCUCUUCAUAAAUUUUUAAACCGGAUUGCUGAUCAUCCCACCUUAACUUUCAAUAAGGACUUUAAAAUCUUUCUAACUGCGCAGGCUUGGGAGCUUUCAUCUCAUAGGAAGCAGGGCCCUGGCUUGUUCAGCAGAAUGGGACAAACUGUUAAAGCAGUUGCUUCAUCCAUGCGAGGAGGAACUGUGAAAAACCGUCCAGAACCUUUUGCAGAAAUGAAUGCAUAUGUGGACAUAUUUAGUCAGAAGAUUAGUCUCUUGGACAAAAUUUCUCGUCGAGUUUACAAGGAAGAGAAAGAUUAUUGCUAUGAAUUGAAAGAAUUUGGCCCCAUCCACACACUUUGGUCUGCGUCUGAAGAAGACCUGGCAGACACGCUCAAAGGGGUGGCCAGUUGCAUCGACAAAUGCUGCAAGGCUACAGAGAAACGUAUGGUGGCGCUCUCAGACAUUCUCUUCCCUGCUUUACACGAAUAUUUGCUCUACAGUGAAAUAUUAAUGGGAGUGCUGAAAAGAAGAGACCAUAUCCAAGCAGAGCUGGAUGCCAAAGUUGAUGCCUUGUAUAAUAAAAACACAGAAAGUGAGCUUCUAUCAGAAGAGAUUGGAAAACUUGAAGACAAAGUAGAGUGUGCCAAUAACUCUCUGCAAGCUGACUGGGACAGAUGGAAGCAAAGCAUGCAUCUAGAUAUGAAGUCGGCAUUUAACGAUGUUGCAGAAAACAAUAUCCACUAUUAUGAGCAGUGCCUUGCUACCUGGGAGUCAUUCUUGACAUCUCAAAGAACAACAGCACAUGUUUGCUUGGAAGAAUCAUCUGAAGAUCAGCCUUGAAGUCUUCUUUCAAGGGUUUAUCAGUCUUCCACUGAAUUCUUGCUAGCCAAAGAAGCAUUCCGUAUAUGAGAUCAAAUCCAUAAAUAGUCUAAAAUUCAACAAUAUGUAGGAAACAAACUUGCUAUUAAUGACUCAGGUAUUCUGCUGUCCUGGACUGUAUUUGGAUCAUGGGAUGGGGAGAACUGGUUCAGAUAUAACAUAAGCAGAGCAAUCAUAUCUGUUCUUUAGAGAGCUCCAGUAUUAGAGCCUCAGAGAGAUCCAAGCCCUACACAAGCCCAGUAGGGGAGAACAGAAGAGGUUUAUCAAUCAUGGUUGAUUUAAAUUUUCCUCAGCAUUUUGUCUCUCCCUCUCCCUUUCUCCCAUAUAACUGAGAGGCAUUGGAUCCUUUACAGAGCCUCAGUUCUUCUCCUCUAAAAUCAGAUCUCUUUCUCAACCAUGAGAGGGGAAAGUCAAUCAUUCUGUGGUUCCUGGAAUGCUGUCUCAAGCACCUUAGAGCUGCACCAGAAGUCAUACUUUAGCAGGACAACAAUGAGCCUCAAGUUCCCAUGCACUCCCUCCUCCUCCUUUAUGGGGAAGAUGAUAGAAGAUUUUGCUUCUUAAAUUAACCACAAUUCACCAUUACAGCUAAACCCUAAGCUCUGGCUAAUAGUGAAUAUGGUUUCUUGAAAAGAAAAGAAAACCUUAAUUAUGGUUUGAACUUGGUUUGUUUCACCAAAGCAUAGUUUAAGAUCAGCCAUAAUUUGUCAUGUUUGAACAACAUGGCAAACUGAAGUUCAGCUUAAAGAGAAGCUUCUGUCCUCCUUCAGGCUGCAUCAGAGGAAGAAAUGGAGCUUGUGUGUUUAAAGUUCAUCUGUGCUCAUUUUUGGGAUGCUUAAAUUAUGGUUUAGUGUUAUGUCCCAAAUGGGCUGCAAAGGUAGAUGGGAGUCUGGUUUUCAGCAGUUUUCUGCCUAUAUUUGAUGGUUUUUAAAAUGCUCUGCAGUUUGCAUAUAAAAUAUUUUAAAUAUGUAAGAAUAGCUCCAUUUUAAUAAUAAAAGGUUUACCUCA